AUGAAGAAUAUCCGCCAUUUAGAUCUAAGUUACAACUUAUUAACAAUUUUACCAGAUUUUGUGUUUAUCAGCUUAGAGCAGCUACAAGUCCUUAAUCUACGAGGUAACUAUCAGCUAUCAGUUAUAGAAAUGUAUGCCUUUGUUGGACUGGUCCAUGUUCGAGAACUGGACUUAGCCAAUGCUAGACUGGAAACAGUUUUGGCAGACACAUUUUCAGGAAUGAGUCUACACAAAUUAGACUUAUCUAACAACAAGCUACAUGGAUUGGCAAGUUUUGCUUUCCGCGGCGCAUCUAUACGCUCUAUCAGUUUCAAAGAAAAUAGUAUUAAAUCAUUUAAUACAGAAAUAUUUACUGGACUCAUUGGUUUAGAAAACCUGAUUACUCCGGAGUUCAAAUUCUGUUGUAUACGACCUAAUUAUGUUAAAGAAGAAAACUGUUAUCCUCCAAAAGACGAGUUUUCAUCUUGUGAUGACCUUAUGAGACAUUCUGUGCUACAGUUUUUGAUAUGGUUAAUAGGAAUCACUGCGUUUCUUGGAAAUAUUCUGACGGUUUUCUACAGGCUGAAAUAUGAUAGAGAAAGCUGCUGCCGAUUCUGCAUUUCGGAAAAGACAGAAGCUGUCAGUUGUGCCAUUUUCACGUGGGUAUUUUCCGUUACUGCAGCCAUAUUUCCUCUUGCUUAUGAAGGAUAUUUUAAAAACGAAUUCUACUCAAAGUCUGGUGUUUGCAUUGCUUUACCGUUAACAAGAGAUCGUCCACCUGGCUGGGUAUAUUCCUUAUCUGUCUUUGUUUGCCUGAAUUUUCUUACAUUUAUCUUAGUCGCAGUUGGGCAGCUCUCGAUUUUCAUUGAAAUUCGCAAUUAUUCUGGAAUCGCCACCACUGUAGAAAGUUCAAGAAAAAGGGACCUUAAAGUUGCAAGGAAUCUUCUGCUAGUUGUAGCAACUGAUUUUAUGUGCUGGUUUCCUAUAGGAGUCAUGGCAAUGUUUGCGCUGUAUGGUCACGUGAUAUCUGGAGAGGUAUAUGCAUGGGCAGCUGUUUUUAUUCUACCAGUCAACUCGGCUCUUAAUCCUAUUCUAUAUACAUUAAGUGCCAUCAUUGGAGGAACGAAAUUCAGUCCCAGUACUGAUGAACAGUCAUUGAAACAAAUGACACAAGAAUUAGGAGAGAACACAAUCAGAUGUUUAAAUGCCAGCCGUUGUUUAACAAGGUCGAUACGUCGCCAUGACUAUGAAGACAUCACUAUGAUUCCCGACGAAGUAGAUAUACCAGCCGUGUCUAUCUUAUCUAUUUGUAAGGCACUGGCACAUACAUUAGAAGGAUUACAAAGUUGCUCUCUAGAUAUAAGUCUAUUGGACAAAGGCUCUUUGUUUGUUGGUGUCAGAAGUAAACAGCUUACAGGAUUACUGAGAAUUAAAGCUGUACCGUUUAUAUCCUAUAAACCAGAGGAUAAAACUGAGAGGAUCAAACAUCUAGGAAUGAUAAUGAAAGGUCUUUUAGCAGCAAGAGAAAAGCGACAGUUUUGUGGAACUAAAUAACUGGAUAACUUUUAACAAGCGUAUCCUAAAGCACUGUUGUUUUAGUAAAAGGUCUUCUAACCGGUGAACAUUUCAAAAUUUGUUUUCCAUCAACCAACGGUUCUUGAAAGGUGAAUCGCAUGCGUAUAAAUAAUAAAAUACUUUAGAAAUAACCUUGAAUUUCAGUCUAUUUAUUGUCGGUGUAAUAGACUUAAGUGGCAUGUUACAAUUAAAAAUUAUAUAGUGCUUAGAUAGAUAAUGCUUUCAACUAUUCUAGUUUACUGUGAACACAUUUUAACUGUAAAGAGUAUUUCAAAUUGAUGGUUUUUUUUAUAGUACACUGUUGUCGGAACACCGGUUUUUA